AUGGCGGCUAAGAACGUUUUACUCGUUGGUUUUGGGGCAGUUGGUACUGUAUACUCUCUUAUCUUCAAGCAGAGCGGCCUCGCACGAGUCACGGCCGUGGCGAGGAGUAACUAUCACCUGGUGAACGAACAUGGGAUGCAUUUUAAAAGCCGUAAAUACGGUGAUAUACCAGGAUGGAGGCCUGAUAGGUUGUGCCCCUCCGUUGCAAGCGCUGCGGACCAACGAUAUGACUACGUCGUUCUCACCACAAAGGCCAUUCCGGAGCUUAUCAGAACACCUAAAAUUCUGGAGCCGCUUCUGUCUGCCCCAUAUUCUGACAAGUACCCGCAACCGGUGUAUGUUUUAAUUCAGAAUGGUCUGGGCGUCGAGGUCGAUCUCUACAAUGCCAUUAAGAACCUGGGUAAAGGUCCACCCAGGAUCAUCAGUACAGCAGUGUUUAUUGCUACCAAUCUACUUACGCCGAACGUCGUACAGCAUGGCGCCUUUGAUAGACCAACUCUUGGGAUGUACAGGUAUCGUGAUUUCACGACCAUGGUCAAUACCCCGGAAGAAGACGCCAUUCUUCGUGACAUCGGCGGGAUGUUAGAGAAGGGUGGAAGCACAGUCACCCUUGUCCCCGAAAUACAAAGACUGAGAUUUGCAAAGAACUUUUGGAAUGUUGCCUUCUCCUCGUUAGCGACUCUGACGGGGUACACCCCUGCAGCCAUAUUUCGACCACCACCAUCAGAUCCUGGGGUUACAUAUGCACCUUAUGUGUAUCCGAAGACGGCAGAUCUCAUAAAAGGGAGCACCCUUCCUAACGUGAAGGCUGUAUUGACUGAGCUAAUUAACCUAGGAAGGGCAAUGGGCUUUCCGGACACCGAAGACGGCCUACCUUCGUCUCUAGUAGAAGGCACCAUAGAGAGAACUAGACUUCUGCACAUAGAACCGGACCAUUCACACAAGCCAAGUAUGAUGCUCGACGCUGAAAAAGAUCUUCCUAUCGAAGUGGAAGUCAUUCUGGGCGAAGUCGUUAGAUUAGCCAAAGAGUAUAACGUCGACGUUCCACGGAUUGAAAUGAUGUAUUCACUAUUGCUUAUUGUCCAAAACCAAAUUUUGUGCAAGCUAGGGAAGUAA